AUGUUAUAAGCAAUAAAAAAGGGUUUUUAAAAGUUAGAUAUAUUUGGUCAAACAAUAACCCUCAAUAUGAAUAGAAAUGACCUUUAUACAACAUCUUUUGGAGGAUUUUCUUCUAUUCUAAUAAUAUGCCUCUUAAGUCUAAUAUUUUAUUCUAAUAUCAUAUCAUUCUUUUAAAAACAAAAUAUAUAUCAUGGAAAUGAAGUUGUUUUUUCAAAUGAUCCUGGUAUAAUUGAGAUGGAUGAAAAAAAUUCGAUGAUUGCAAUUUCAAUUGAUUAACCUAAUUUUACUACAAAUCCAUUCUUUCAAAUUUCUUUAGAACAAAGGUAAUCAAAUUUAAAUAAACAUUCUUAGAAUCUAUAUUAGAAAUUUAAAUGGUACAAUAGAAAAAUUAUCUAUAGAAAUCCCUUUAAAACCAUGUACAUUAGAUCGUUUUAAUAAUAUUUUUUCUGAUGAAGGAAUAAAUUUUACAGAUUAAUUCAAUUUUUAAGGAAUUGGAAAUAUGUUAUGCCCAAUGUAAUUGAAUUGAAUUAUAAGGUUCAAGAGAUAAUUUUAAAUAUCAUCUUUAAGGUACAUAUUCGAGCUAAAUCUUUAAAUUUUUAAAAAUAAGUGUAAAAAGUUGCAAGAGUACAGAUAUAAUCAAUAAUAAUCUUGAGUGGAAUCCUACCUGUGCAUCUGACUAAGAUAGAUAAAAUUACUUAAAUGAAAACAGUUAAUUUAAAUUGUAAAUAAUUUAAAUUAAUACUGUUAUAAAUCCAUAAAAUCCUGAAAAUUACAAAACUAUUUAUAUUGAUAGCGACAUGUAUUUUCCCUUUGUUCCCCUUAAAUUAGCUAGAUUAGCUAAUAUAUUUUAUAGAUAGGUCAAUAUAAAUAAUGAUAAUAGUUUAUUACCAUUUGAGUAAAAAAAAAUCAUAAUAUAUUUAGGAAAGUAGAUAAAGAAGAAAUUAUAAUGAGGAAAGCAGAAGAUUAUCGUGAUUUAACUGAAUUAGGAAGAGAUACAGAUGAUAAUUAUGCAAUUGUAUAUUUAAGAAGAAGUCCUUUUACAGAGAUUGUGAAUAGAAGAUUUUAAAAGAUAGGUGAACUACUUUCUUAUUUAGGUGGAUUUAUGUAAAUUAUGAAAGUUCUAUUUGGUUUUUUUAUAGCCUUUUAUAAUAGAACAUCUAUGCUUAUUGAGUUGGCAAAUAAAUUAUAUGAUUUUAAAGAAGAAAAAGAUGUCAAAAAAUUAAAAACAAUUAACACUGUCUCAUAUAUAGAACAAAUUUCAUCUCCUAUUGAUGUAUUUUAAAUAAAUGGAAAUUAAUUAAAUUAAACUCAUGAUAUUUCAAAUAUUGAAUGGAAGGAUUAUUUAAGUAAAUUAGUUUAAAAAUCUGAUUCUAUUAAAUUUAAUUUUAAAUUGUUCAUUAAUCAAUUAACAUUUGGAUUUUGUUUUAAAGAUAAAAAUUCUUAAUUCUUAGAAAAAGCUAUGUAAAUAUAUUUAUUUUAUUUGUUAAGUGAAAAGAUAAAUAAUGAAUUGGAUCUGCAUACAAUAUUUUAUUAAUUACAUGAGAUAAAUAAAUUGAAACAAGUUUUGUUAAGAAAAUCAUAAAUAAUUUUAUUUAAUUUUUCACCUAAACCUAUAAUCACUUUAGGCAUAGAUUAGACUGUUCCUUCAAGACUCACAAUUAAAGAUAGUAGUCACUUAUCCCACAUUUAGAAAACUGAAGAAGAAUUAAUAAAUGAAGAAUUGUUUUCUAAAUUACAAUAAGUAAUUAUAAUCCAUAUGUAGGCAUAUAAAGAAAUUUUAAAUGAAAUAAACCAAAAUCCUUCUAACUUAUGUUAAAUGAAUAUCAAUCUAAAAUUAACUCAACUUAUUGGAUAGGAUUUUAUGAAAUUAAUUCUACCUUUUUAACAAAGGAGAAAUGGUUUUAAGUUAUUAGAUUCAAAUUUAAAUUAAGAAACUGAAUUAUGA